AUGUCUGGCCCAGCAGACCUCCGAGUUGGAAAUGGCAACAGGUCCAAGGACCAGCCUUCUGUUGUCUGCUGUAAGGAUGUGGGUUUUGCUGCUCUUCCUGGUGGCUGGCUGACAGUAGGAGCGGUGGAACCGCCUUCGUUCCAGGCCAAUCUAGUUGUAUCUCAUCUGUGGGUGGACCUCAGUGGCUGGUGGAGUGUUGCCAAAGACCACCUCUUGCCUCAUGAGAGUUCAAAACCCAUUUCCUCACCUUUAAUUAUACAAGUUGGACAUGCGGAGACCCUUCAGCCGCUGCUUGCCCUGAUGGGUUUCUUCAAAGAUGAUGAGCCUCUCAGGGCAAACAAUUACCUCAGGCAAGCGCAGCGGAAGUUCCGCAGCGGCCGGAUCGUGCCGUACGGAGCCAACCUGGUGUUCGUGCUCUACCACUGCGACCACGUGACGGCUGCUGAGGAGGAGUAUCAAGUGCAGAUGCUGCUGAACGAAAAACUGAUGUCGUUCCAUCACUCCAACAAAACCAUCUCUACGUAUGCGGACCUCAAGGACUAUUACAAGGACAUCCUGGAAAACUGCCACUUCAAAGAAGAGUGUGAAUUGCCAAAAAUUAAUGUUACUGCUGUCGACGAACUUUGA